AUGGAUUGCCUGAUGCUCGUGGUCUACUUGAACUUUGAUCUGAUUCCUGGAUGGUUUAAAGGGUCGAGCUUCAAGAUUAUUGGGGAUUUUCAAGAGGAAAAAGGUGAAUCGAUUGUUGGAGGGACCGGAGAGUUUGCAUAUGCACAAGGUGUCAUCUCCUUCAACAAGAUCCAAUUGGCCGAAGGAAAUGUCAGGGAGCUUAACGUCCGUGCUUUGUGCCUCUUUUUGACAAAACCAGAUGAAAUGUCUUGCUCAAAGACACCGGUGCAGAGCUCUGUCAUGAAGAUUGGCCCAUGGGGUAAAAUAAGUGGGGAAUUCCUUGAUGUCCCCAAGACUCCGGAACGUCUAGAAACCGUGACAAUUCGCAGCGGCGUCGUUGUUGAUUCGCUCGCAUUUUCCUUCGUCGAUCAAGCCGGUGGACAACAUACUGUUAGCCCAUGGGGGGACCACGAGGGAAUGACAAAAACACGCGUGAUUUUCUCAAACAUGCAAAUCCGGCUGGCUCCUUCUGAAAUCGUGACGGAAGUCUCUGGGACGACUGGCACUUUCAGAGAAGACGACAUUGAAUACAACGUCAUAGCUUCGCUCACAAUCGUCACCAACGUCAAGCCAUAUGGGCCAUUUGGAAUUCCUCAGAGCACACACUUCAGCGUCCCCAUUCAGGAAGGCGGCAGCAUCGUGGGUUUCUUCGCGUGUGCCGGGAAAUACGUGGAGGCACUCGGGGUUUACGCGCGUCCGCCGUCUGUUCAAAACUAGCCCGAUAUAGUGUUCCUUUUGUCACUGUGUGGAAAAUAAGGAUGUGCCGGCCGGCUGGCCUCCAUUGUGUUAUCCUUAAUUUCUCUCUACCGUCGAUAUUUCCUUCUGUCACUGUGUGGAAAAUAAGGAUGUGCCGGCCUUUUGUUUGUGUGCGUUGCGCUUGCCUUGC